AUGAACCGAUGUAAGCACGGAGGCGUUGUGCGCAGAGGGCGCGUGCUUCGAGCGCCUGGGCUGCUUCACCACCGACGCCCCCUGGUGGUCCGUGCUGCGCCCCAUCCCAGCGCCAGAGUCACCCGAGCAGAUCGGCACGCGCUUCUACUUGUUCACCAGCCCCAGCGCACGCUCGUGCCCACGGUGCCCGAGGUGCAGCUGAACGGCGUGGACUUGGACGGCACGCGCCCCACCGUCUUCAUCACUCACGGCUUCACCGGCGACAGCAACGCCACCUGGAUGCUCCACAUGAAGGACGCGCUGCUCCACAAGGGGGACAUGAACGUAAUCCUGACCGACUGGGGUCCCGGCGCCGCAGGGCCACUCAAAUACCUCCAGGUGGCGGCCAACACCAGGGUGGUGGGUGCCGAGAUGGCCAGGCUAGUUGAACACAUGAUUCAGAAACGCAAUGUGGAUCCUCAAAAUGUUCAUCUCAUUGGCCACAGCCUUGGUGCUCAUGUCUCUGCGUACUGUGGCAAGAAGGUCAAGAACAUUGGAAAACUUACAGCGCUGGACCCCGCGCAGCCUGCCUUCGAGGGCUACGACCGGGCGGUGCGCCUGGACGCCAGCGACGCGUCCUUCGUGGAGGUGGUGCACACCGACGCCAAGCCCGUCAUCCCCCUUUUCGGCCUCGGCAUGAUCACGGAGCACGGUGAUGUGGACUACUACAUAAACGGUGGAUUUACACAACCUGGGUGCUUGGUCCCCAAGAAUAUUCCGCCUAUUAAGACUUUGGUUGAUUUCUUGCAACUUCCAGUGCAAGUGAUUGGCAACCUCGUGGCGUGCCCGCAUGGACGCUCCACCCUGGUGUACAUCGAGGCGAUUCGCCAGCACAACUGCACCUUCUGGGGCCAUCCCGGAAACUUCGUCGAGAACGUCGUGGGGUGA